AUGUCCGUCCGAGAGAUAGACGCGGAAUGCUUCCGAUCCGCGUACAUCCCCAAGCCGUCAUCAGCCGCCGGCGGCCGACAGAGGUUGGUUACUGCCGAGCACGAAAGAUGUUCGACCACGGCUUGUACAAUGACUUCCCUUCGGUCCUGGCUCCCUAUACCAAAAGGCUCACACUUUUCGUUGGCCAACAUCCCGUUUGGUGUCAUAUCAACUUCAUCGCGACCAUCACCUCGAGUUGCCGUCGCCAUCGGAGACUAUGCGCUGGAUCUGGAGGCCUUUGCAGCGAACAACGGCUUCUCUGGCUUGUCAACGAUACAGCCGCAUCAAAACGUCUUCUCGCAACCCUCGCUAAAUGCAUUCGCCGCACUGGGUCGGCCCAUGCACUCCGUAGUGCGAAAGUACAUCCAGACUGUUUUUUCGGAUGAUACACCCCAUCCCAGUAUUCUGAAGGACAACAAAGACCUCCAGGAGCAAGCCUUAGUACCGCUCAAGGACAUUCGAGCCCAUUUGCCCUUCAAAAUUGGCGACUACACUGAUUUCUUCGCCGGUCUGAACCAUGCGCACAACUGCGGUGUCAUUUUCAGAGGUCCUACAAAUGCUUUGCAACCCAACUACAAACACUUGCCGGUCGGAUAUCAUGGCCGAGCAUCAUCAGUAGUCCCUUCGGGAACACCUAUACGGCGACCCAAUGGCCAGAUACUACUCAAUCCUACAGCCGAGAAGAAAGUGCCAACAUUGACGUCAUGCAAAAAGCUAGACAUCGAACUGGAACUGGGUGCUUUUGUUUGUGGAUCAAAUCAGCAAGGAACACCGAUACAUAUCGACAAGGCGGAGGAGAAUCUGUUUGGUGUCGUCUUGAUGAACGAUUGGUCAGCGAGGGAUAUACAGGCUUGGGAAUAUGUGCCACUGGGACCGUUCAAUGCAAAGAAUUUCGGGACAACCAUAAGCACAUGGGUGAUAUUAGCAGAUGCACUGGCACCCUUCAAAACCAAGGGGUUGGAGAAUGACUCAGAGGUCUUGCCCUAUUUGAGAGAACGGGACGAGAAGAGCGUGUACGAUAUCAACCUCCAAGUGGAUCUUAAGACAUCUACGGGAAAUAACACGACCAUCACGAAAGUCAACGCGAAGAACCUCCUGUGGUCAUUCCCACAGAUGUUGGCACACCAUACCAUCACCGGGUGCCCCUUCCGACCUGGGGAUUUGCUGGGAUCAGGGACAAUCAGUGGCAACUCUCCAGCAGAGUACGGAAGCUUGCUUGAGCAGAGUGACAACGGGAAGAAUGCCCUUGCAUUGGAAGGCGGUGAGAGGAGGACGUUCUUGGAGGAUGGUGACGAGAUAACGAUCCGGGGUGUAUGUGGUACGGAUGAGAACGCGUUGGUGGGCUUUGGAGAAUGUGUUGGCCGUAUCGAGCCUGCUCUAGAACUCAAUUUCGAUUGA